AUGCAGAUGGAAGAAAACUAUGAGGAGAUCUUUGAUCUGAAGCACAUUCUACCCGAGAUCUACUCGACAACUCGACCGCAUAAUCAUGAAGAUGAAAUAAAUAUUGUUAAUAGCUGGGAUUAUUCAACAGGUUCAGCAAAUCAUACAAACCAUUCAACUGCAUCUUCAUCAUCUUCAGCUGCCCCGAAAAUCGUUUCUUUUGAGAGCAAUAUCGUCUCGACUGGUCAAACAGCGUCUAAUAAUCGUACAUUCGCUCCGAAUGACGACGAGUUGGCCAAUAAUAAGGACUACAACAACUCGUUAGCCGGCUCAAAAAUUCUAAAUUUUUCGGCUUGGGCUGAAGAUAAUGACGAUAAUGAAUUAGAUUCAACAAUAACAGGUCGUCAAAAGAAUGGUGCAUUGACCGUACGGUCCUUGUCCCAAGCUAGGGAUCAUCUGAUGGCUGAGAGGAAACGUCGGGAGAAUCUCGGUCAACUUUUCAUUAGUCUCUCCAAAGUCGUGCCGGGACUCAAGAAGUUGGAUAAGGCCUCUCUACUUGAAGAUGCUAUUAACUACUUGAAAGCCCUUCAAGAACGUGUGAGCUCGCUUGAACAAGGACUGAUUAGCACGAAAAGCUUCACGGACGACACAUCAAGAGAUGAUGAAUAUCGUUCUUUAUCGAGCUUCAUUAAUAAUAACAACACUGAUAAUAAUGACAAUUGCAGCUGGAGCACGAUUAGCGAAUCGGCCCCUGCAGAAAUUAAGGCCCGGGUUUCAGACAAGCAUGUCUUGGUUAAAGUUCAUUGCAAGAAGCAAUGCGGUUUGAUGUCUACGGUUCCAUGUCAGAUGGAGAAGAUUCAUCUCAAUGUGGUCGACAUGAGAAUCUUGCCGUUUGGAGACGAUGCUCUUGAUAUUACUCUUCUUGCUGAGAUGACGAGUGAGUUUCGAGGCACGGCGAAGGACAUUGUUGACCAUUUGCACACACUUUUCUUCAACACUCGGUCGGACAAAGUGCAGCACGACCAAGACAACACCACUCCCUAA